AUGUCUCAAGCCACCCCUAAUCAGUUCCCUUCCACCGACUCCAAGCCUGCAUCCACGACGACGACAACAACAUCGACGACAGUAAUGGAUUCGUCUAGGCCCAAAACACCUCCCUCUCCAACUUCCGCAUCGAAAGACGUCAAAGAACCCGUGGUAGAGUCUUCGAAGGAACAAGUUAUCCAAACAGAAAAGGACGAUGCCGCCCAGACGUUAGCCGAAGAAGACGCUGAAUAUCCACAUGGUCUGAAAUUGGCUCUGAUCCUCGGCGCGUUAUGUCUAGCAGUUUUCCUGGUCGCCCUGGACCAGACUAUCAUUUCGACGGCGAUUCCCAAAAUUACGGAUCAGUUCCGUAGUGUGCAGGAUAUUGGCUGGUAUGGAAGUUCAUACCUGUUGACAACUACCGCCCUACAACCGAGUUUUGGAAAAAUCUAUAGCAUUUUCAAUAUCAAAUGGACUUUUAUGACUGCCAUCGCCAUAUUCGAAAUAGGAUCACUUGUAUGUGCUACCGCGCCAACAAGCACGGCUCUUAUUGUUGGAAGAGCCGUAGCUGGACUGGGAGUCGGAGGAUUGUUCAGUGGUGCGAUUAAUAUCCUGGCAUUCUGCUUACCCCUCCGUAAAAGACCAAUCGCGUUUGGACUCAUUGGUGGAAUGUGGGGUAUCGCGAGUGUCGCUGGACCUUUACUGGGAGGCGUCUUUACUGACAAAGUUUCCUGGAGAUGGUGCUUUUACAUUAACCUGCCAAUUGGAGCAAUCUCAAUUGUCCUGAUAUUCUUCCUCCUCGAAAUCAAACGCAUCAAUAACCCAGAUAAUCUGACCAUCAAGCAACGAAUCCUACAACUCGACUUGAUUGGUGCUUCGAUCAUCAUUCCGACCAUUGUCAUGUUUUUGUUGGCUCUACAAUGGGGUGGCAGCACAUAUCCGUGGAAGAGUGCGAAAGUUAUUGGCCUGUUCUGUGGUGCUGGAAUAUUAUUCUGCAUUUUCGUCGCUUCCCAAUUGAAGCUAGGUGACAAAGCAACCCUUCCACCACGACUCUUCAAAGACCGAAACGUUCUAUGCGCAUUUGCUUUUGCAUUCUUCUUCGGAUCCGGUUUUUUCGUGCUCAUUUUCUACAUCGCAAUCUAUUUUCAGAGUGUCAAAGGGUCAACCGCAACGCAAGCCGGAAUUCAACUGCUACCACUUCUUAUUGCAACCGUUCUCUCAUCGAUUGCCACAGGUGGACUUAUUACAGCUGUUGGAUACUAUGUUCCCGUUCAAAUUGUUUCCAUGAUUCUCUUCUCCAUUGGCUCUGGGCUUCUUACGACUUUCGACCUUCAUACCCCAUUACCCAAAUGGUUCGGUUAUCAAGUCUUAGCAGGUUCGGGGAUUGGUGUUGGCUUCCAGGCUAGCGUUCUUGUUGUUCAGACUGUUCUUCCAUUGAAAGAUGUACCAGUUGCUACCGCCAUGGUGUCUUUCUUCCAGUCCCUAGGUGGAGCCCUGUUCAUUGCGGUAGCACAAUCUCUGUUCCAACACGGUCUCACGGAUAACAUUUCAAGAGGAGCACCAGAACUGGACCCACAAAUAUUCCUCAGAAGUGGUGCGACACAAAUCCGAUCCAUCCUAGCUGGCUUGGGUGCAGAAAAUAGACUGGAAGUGGUACUACAAGGUUAUGUAGACGGAUUGACGCAUACUUUUUGGAUAUCAACCGCUUGUGCUAUCGCAGCAUUGUUCGUAUGCUUUGGUCUGGAGUGGAAAAAUAUUAAAAAGGGUGACGGUCAGGGUACAGGGAAGAAGGCUAAAGAUGAAGAGUCUGGAAGAGAGGAAAGUGUCAAAGAGGAGAGUCUGAAAGAAAAGCCUAUUGCGGCUUGA